AUCUGGACGUUCUGGACUUAAAAUUGCUUUCGCCCCCUCUGCCAGGGACAUCUUCCUGACUCUCUUGUAAACUCUGCCAAGGGGGAGUGCCCCGGGCCUUCCUUUCCCAGACGUUAUUUGCCCCUUCCAGAUUCCACCAGAAGAUCCAGGCCUUACAUCAAGGGGCGAGUGGCACCAUGGCUAAUCCCUUGUUGGCGUAUGCCCUGAUCAAGAGAUUGCAGUCGGACUGGAGGAACGUCGUUUACAGCAUGGAAGGCGGCGAGAACAUUCAAGCCCUGAAGAUAAACUAUCAUCGAUUAGAGGAGAAUCUACCACUCUUUGAGGACCUUGAAGGAGCAGCACGAGCACUAAUGCGACUUCAGGAUGUCUACGCUCUGAGCGUCAAAGACUUGGCCAAAGGAAGAUUCCGGAGGACAAGCAGUGGCCAUCCUGACAUCUACCAUCCCAGGCAGGACUUUUCCUUGUCUGCUGAUGACUGCUUCCACAUUGGUAAGGUUGCUUACGAUAUGGGAGAUUACUACCACUCCAUCUUGUGGAUGGAAGAAGCUGUCAGCCUCUUCCGGAUCUCCUACGGGAACUGGAACACGGAAGAUGAGGGAAGCCUUGAAGAUGCCCUGGAUCAUUUAGCAUUUUCCUAUUUCAUGGCAGGAAACAUUUCUCACGCCUUAAGGCUGUCCCAGGAAUUUCUUCACUACGAUCCAGGCAAUGAGCGGAUGGCGAGGAAUGUCCUGAAGUAUGAGAAGCUUCUGAGGACGAAUCAGGAGGAAGGCAAAGAAAGGGUGACUUUGCAGAGACCCAAUGUGACCCACCUGGAGACUCGAGAUGCUUAUGAGAAGCUGUGCCAGAGGCUGGGGUCUCAGCCAGCCCCUGAUCGCCUCUCCUGCUCCUACGAGACCAACCGGAGCCCUUUGCUGAUCCUGCAGCCCCUGAAAAAGGAAGCCUUGCACAACCACCCUGAGCUGGCCCUGUACCAUGACUUCGUCAGCCCCUCGGAGGCGGAGAAAAUCAAGGCGCUCGCGGCUCCAGGGUUGCAGAGAUCCGUGGUGGCUUCGGGAGAAAAACAGGAGCAGGCCGACUAUAGGAUAAGUAAGAGUGCUUGGCUGAAAGACAAUGUGGAUCCCGUGAUCGGGGUGUUGGGUCGACGGGCUGCAGCCUUAACAGGCUUGAAUAUCCAGCACCCUUAUGCAGAAUAUCUCCAGGUGGUCAACUACGGAUUAGGAGGCCACUACGAGCCCCACUUUGACCACGCUACUUCGAGAAAAAGCCCCCUGUAUCGGAUGAAAUCCGGAAAUCGAAUAGCCACGUUGAUGAUCUAUCUGAGUUCAGUAGAAGCUGGAGGAUCCACCGCAUUCAUUUACGCAAAUCUGAGCGUGCCAGUUAUUGAGAACGCUGCGCUCUUCUGGUGGAACCUGCGUAGGAACGGGGAAGGGGACGGAGCCACGCUGCACGCCGGCUGCCCGGUCCUUGCCGGAGACAAGUGGGUGGCCAACAAGUGGUUCCACGAAUACGGGCAGGAGUUCCACAGGCGGUGCAGCACCAACCGGGAGGAAUAGCAACCCCAAGGGCUCUGCGGGGCUUCAGAAAUAAGAGGCCGCCGUCUUGCAGCAGGGUUGGGGGGGAGUGCAAGGGAAAUCUGAACAUCUGGCCCCCCGCACAAGCAGCACUGCAGGGACCGCUGGAGGACAGAGGCAAAGUUGAGACGUUUCUUGGCACAAGUUUCGCAGUGAUUUAUUUAACUCGAGGACUGACAGGUGGGAGAAGCUUGGGGCUGUAAGGGAGGAGACCACAGGUGGGUGUCCCGGUCAACAGAAGCGUCUUUGCUGCAAUCGCUCCCUGGAAAUGAGUGAUGGGAGGAGCUGGCGAGCUGUUUGGAUAUUAUGGGAUAUGCCCACAAGUUGCUGAAGUGGGAAUCGUGUUUUUGCAGAAGGUGAAUUCAGCCCACGGAGGAGAAGAGCAUCGAUCUGGGACACAACAGGAGGUGGCCUGUUGCAUCUUGCAGGCUUUUGGUGGUGGUGAUGUGGGGCGGGGAGAAGCUCACAGGGUCAAGAGGGGCUGGUUGGCAAACAGACUGGAGGUAUAGCCCAGGGGUGAAAAAGAAAUACAGGCAGUCCUUGCUUAAUGACUGUUCAUUUAGCAACUGUCCGAAGUUACAACAGUGCUAAAA